AUGCUAAUGUUCAUAUGUUAUAGUCUUCUGUAUCACUUGAAUAUCUUUCUUUCUUUCUUUCUUUCUUUCUUUCUUUCUUUCUUUCUUUCUUUUCAUUAUAAUAAUCAUUCUCUCCAGAAGUCUUUGGUAAUUCAUGCUAAUGUUCAUAUCCUACCCGCUCUCUCUCUAUCUCUCUCUCUCUCUCUCUUUUCCUCUCUCUCUCUCUUUUCCUCUUUUCUACCACCGCGAGUCCAACCUGAUCAGUUUCAAGAGGCCAACACAUUUCCAGCAAAGAUUCUCAUCUCUUUCUUUCUAUCUACCCACUUCUUAUUUUCGCCCUAUCUCCCCCAAAACUUAGAAACGUUUAGCCAGACGCACUUCUUUCUUUCUUUCUUUCUUUCUUUCUUUCUUUCUUUCUUUCUUUCUUUCAAACACCAUUUUUCCCUUCCCCUUUUUCGUUUUUCUACUUUCCUUCUUUCUUUCUUUCUUUCUCACACCAUUUUUCCCUCCUCCCUCUUUGUUCGUUUUUCUACUUUCUUUCUUUCUUUCUUUCUUUCUUUCUUUCUUUCUUUCUUUCUUUCUUUCUUUCUUUCUUUCUUUCUUUCUUUUACACACCAUUUUCCCCUUCCCCAUCUUUGUUCGUUUUUCUACUUUCUUUCUUUCUUUCUUUCUUUCUUUCUUUCUUUCUUUCUUUUCUUUCUUUUUUUUUUUUCUUUCUUUCUUUUUUCAAACACCAUUUUUUUCCUUCCCUUUUUUCGUUUUUUCUACUUUCCUUCUUUCUUUCUUUCUCACACCAUUUUUCCUCCUCCCUCUUUGUUCGUUUUUCUACUUUUUCUUUCUUUCUUUCUUUCUUUCUUUCUUUCUUUUCUUUCUUUUCUUUUUUCUUUCUUUCUUUCUUUUACACACCAUUUUCCCCUUCCCCAUCUUUGUUCGUUUUUCUACUUUCUUUCUUUCUUUCUUUCUUUCUUUUCUUUCUUUCUUUCUUUCUUUCUUUGCAUCUUAAUUAGGAAUAUAAACCACCUGAUAUUGGUGGUAUCUAUCUAUCUAUCUAUCUAUCUAUCUAUCUAUCUAUCUAUCUAUCUAUCUAUCUAUCUAUCUAUCUGUCAUCUUUGA